ACGUGUUCAUCCCGUGCGUCAGCUCCAGGCGGCAAACGAUCGUCUGCUGCAAGUGGGAGCAGACGUUCUUGCGGAGACACUAAAUCAACGUCGGAUCGUCGUCUCAUUGGAUAAACAAUCAAAUCACUCGCAGGAUAUUCGAUUUUGAGGACGGACACAUUUGACUGGAUUUGCCCCGGAUGUACCACUAUAUCAGCUGUAGCCAUCGAAUUUAAGCUAUAAACCAAAAAUGAAUGAAGACCAAGAAUGAAUGAAGACUAGCCAAUACGCACGUAGCCUCGGUUUACAUAGAGUUUAACAUAAGUGUGUCACCUGUAACGUGCCACUAAGAACGAACAAGUCAUUUCCAAUGAGUUGGCUACAUAAGAUUCACGAUGUCACUUUUUACCCUUAUGUCAUUUCAUGCCAUGUGUUCGACCAUAUGUCAAUUCAUGAACACGCUCGAGGCAAAUGACGCGUGAACUAGGACAUGUGACAAAGAUAAUCGUAUGUAAACGUGACCAGUCUCAAACCACUCUAUUCAGAAAGCAAAGUUGACCGAAAAUGACCCCGCAAUAGAGUUUUCUAAUUGGCUGACCAUCUCUAGGAGCGCGCCGGGGAUGCAGAAUUCGGCACUUCUGAUUGGACUACCCACAGGAACUAACCCCAAUCUUUUGCUUUCGGUAUCCCUGAAUGCGCCUAACUCUACAUUUACAAAUCGAUGCUUGUUACCUAUCGCGAAAGGAUGAAUCCCAAUUCAAUUGGCCAACGAAAGACGACAAAGAUUUUUUCCAAGUAGGCUAUGAAAACACAUUUAUCUUUCGAAUCACGAAAAUCUGAUACGAUUAUUUCGAGUCGCGGCGGUCUGUAUCGAUUUCCAGGGAUUUGUGACAUAUAUUGAGUGAGUCUAUUUCAGCUGCGUGCCGAAUUAAGGGGGCGCCUAAUCGGUGAUUUUGAAGGAUACUUUUUGAGUCAUUCUCUUCCACUUUCAGAGCGAUUUCAUGUGACGGUUCGAAGGACCACAGGCAUGGAUGAAUUCGUGUUUGAUUCAUAGAAGCACUAUCUGUACACGAUCCAACCUCGAAAAACAAAAUAUCGAGUGGCGGAGUAUAGUGAAAAUCAAUGGUUAUGUCAGGAUGCAAUCAGUGGAAACCUACCCUAAGUCUCUGGUACCAUCAAGUCAAUUUUGCUCUUUGUAUUCAGGAACAGGAGUAGACGUCUUCAAAACUGACAAAAUUGGGCACGGAUAUAGGCCUACACUGAAGCACCUAUACUUGUGAUGGGGAGGUUAUUUGCUGCUAACAUUUAUACCCUAUUCUCAAGAUUAUUAUCAUGCGAAGGAGGUGUCUGAUCGGUUAACAAAAAUUCGAUGCCAGUUGCCAAUUUCGUUACCAAUAACUGGCGGUGAGUGCGAGUCAAGGGCCGUUCUGGACCGUCUCUGACAACGGAAGACGAGUUCAAUAAAAACGUUGUUAACCAAAAGGAGGAUUCUAUCAUUCUAUAGGCUGGGAUAUAAUUUCAUGACCUGGACAUGGCUAUGGACGACUAUUUCAUGCAGCUUGCGGAGCAGAUCGAAACGAUUCGGUGCAGGAAGUACGAGGCGCUGCGGCGGGCCAGCAUGCGGGCGGAGGUCCGGACAAUAGAAUUCUGGCGGAGCGUCAUCUGCGAAUGCCUCUCGACUUUCUUCUACGUUUUCUUCAGCGUGACCUGUACUCUUCCCUGGGCGAAUGCACCUAAUGGUGUCGUGUAUACUGCUCUAGUUCACGGGGUCACCAUUGCCACCUUGGUGCAGUGCUUCGGACAUAUUUCAGGCGGACACAUGAACCCUGCCGUGACUUUACCCAUGAUGUUUUGUUGCAAGAUUACACCGCUGAGAGGAUUUUUGUACCUUCUGGCGCAGUCCAGUGGUGGGAUAGCAGGAGCAGCGCUGAUAUAUGGGAUGGUACCAUCGAAAUUCCGCGGAGACAUGGGAGUAGCAACAAUGGGCGAUGACGUCACAAUAAUACAGAGCCUCGGCAUUCAUUUCAUCACAACAUUUUUAUUCGUGCUAACAUUUUUCGCCACAGUGGAUCCAAAUCGGCCUACAUUAGGCAGCCAGCCGCUAGCUGUGGGGCUCUCCAUGAUGUUGGGACAUCUCGUAGGGACGCAUUAUUCCAAUUCUGCUAUCAAUCCCGCUCGGGCGCUAGGCCCUGCGUUCAUCACAAGCUGCUGGAAAGACCAAUGGGUGUUUUGGGUAGGCCCACUGCUGGGUGGCUGCAUUGCUGGUCUGCUCUAUGAAUAUGUAUUUGAUCCAUCAAAACGAGGCAGGCAGUCUCUAAAACAGUCUACGGAACUUCUCGUCACCGAACCUGUUACACCAACAUCCUGCAAUAGCUUCGUCUACAACAACAACAAAGCAAAGUUCCGCCGGUCUCGCAGUUUCACGUCUCGUCUUCUUUCGGGGAACGGUCACGAGAACCGCGGAUACGCAUACGACACCGCGCCGCAAUACGACUACGAAAUGGACAGGCUGCAAUCCCCCGACACAAUAAUCACGUCCACUAGUCACAGUGAACACUUCCCACAGGACGAAACCAUCCAGGAUUUACAGGGGUUACAAGAGGAAGUGGAAGAGGACUUGACAUUGCCUAGGGAUGAGGCUGAGGUUGAAGAGCCUCAUUAUGAUGAGCCAAUGGGUGCUUGUGGUGGGGAAGUGGAGGUCGAGGUCGACAGUGACCUGAAAUAUUGACGAGCUGGCGUGGUCAAAACAACGAUGUAAACAGACAAGGAUUAUUUUUUUAAAUAUCAACAUUUCUAAGUGUUUAAGGGCGGCGCAACUAGACCAACCAAACCAACCAGCUCCUGCCUAUUCCCUCUUUAAUAGUCUUUUGCAUUUUCUUGUAGUGAGAACUUUACUGGAAUGUGAACAAUUGUAAACAACGAAUGCAAUAAAUGUUAAGUGUAAAUCAAGGUGUUUUUCUUUCACGAUGGAACAUUGGUGCUUGCACGCCUGAGGUCUGUUUUGUUCUUGCCAUUCGCCACUUUCCUCGCACUCCUUGUCAGGUGAUAAGCUUUGACCAAUCAAAAUCCCCGUAUGUGACCAUGGCCGUGCUGUCUGUGACGAACAAGCUCUCUUCAGAUUGAUCAAUACGUGUCAGGAAGUCCCAGUUUGGGCAAAAAGCAUUCGUUCUUUGGGCAACACUGACGCAAAAUGGGCCCAGCGUUUUUAGUUGCACCCAGGCGUUUCAGUUUCUGACUCUUCCCGUCAAAGCUUAAUAGGGAGCGCUCAACACAAAAAUUGAAACGUACCUCUCUGCGUAACACCUGCCCCUCUGCUGCACGAAACAACUUCCAUAUCAAUUAGGUGUCAAUUACGACUCAUUUACUCAAUAACUUGUCAACAUUUCAUACAACAGCUUAAUUGCUAUGAUUUUAAUGA